GUUGCGCAGGUCACAUCGGUUAUACAUUCACUUCCACAAACAUGGCGAUGUGUCACUCUUUUACGUAUGUUUAUACAAAUUCAACAGUUCUAAUAAUUCUAAUCGGUAGUGUAAUAAUGUCAGAGCAGAUAUCCAACAUCGAAGGAAAUACUGGAACACCACUGUCUCCACGUUACAUAAACACCGGUAAUCGAUAUGGAGGCCCUAAUGGCGAUAAUGAUCCUGAAAAUUUGGAAGGGAUCUACCUAAUUACUGAGCAAAGGUGGCACCGUGAUACUGUGCUACCAGUGUCCCUGCACCCAGCUACCGAGGGGAUGUCCGCUCGGUCUCAUCACAGCAGAAUCCGGCAGUCCGCUACAGGACUGGAUGAUGCUGGAAUGGAUCUACAAGCAGCACAACUUAAUACACGUGCUGGUCAGGAGGUGAGCUCCACGACAACCCUAUCAUGGAUAGACUGGGACCUACCAUUUCCAGUGAUAGUCUGUGCUUUUGCUGGUGCUAUUCUCUUCACUUUCCUGUUCCUGUUAUGGCUCCGGAAGCAAAUGUCGAGUGAAAAGAAGACAGGCGAUGGAGACAGACGAGGUCUCGUGGAGGAGGGUGCGCAAAUUGCUCAGGGCCAAGAUAAACCAGGAAAGAGUACCCAGGAGAGGCCCAUGGAGGCGCAAUGGGUUCGUCAGCCCGUUGUCAAGCCACCAGUAUCUGUUCUCCCUAUCAGAACAGCACCAGAGACCAGUGGUUUACCACAGGUGAUGUCAGUUGGAGGACCUGAAAGACGUCCUGAGCCAAUCCGAGUGAAAGCGAAGGGUCUCCUGGAACGUCGUGGUUCAUCAGCAAGUUUGACAAUCGAACUGGCCCCAGCCCCGGACAGUCCUCCACACAUGGUGACACCAACGCGUGAGUGCACCUCUGAAGAGUUCCUCCUCAGUGCUGGAAAUGUCCUGUCACGCAACCAACUCCGUAAAGCAAUUAGAGAUCCAACAUCCCUUCACAAGGAGUUCUGGGAAGUUCCCCUGAAUGUACCAGAAAAAGUCGACAUCUUUGGAGCUGGAGUGAAGAACCGUUACUCAGGUGUCCUUCCAAAUCCUCAGUCUCGAGUCAUUCUAGCAGACGUGGAGGACCCAGUGGGAAGCUACAUAAAUGCUAAUUACAUUCGAGGAUACGACGGUGAGCAGAACCGUUUCAUUGCCACCCAGGGUCCUCUUCCAAAUACAGUCACCGAUUUCUGGAGGAUGAUUUGGCUGGACAAUGUCCAGGCUAUUGUCAUGAUGACGAGACUCUUCGAGGCAUCCAAGAACAAGUGCGAUGUUUACUUCCCUCUGGAGAUGAACAGCCGUGUGCAGACUGGAAACUUCACAGUUAUUCUCAACUCAAUAAUAUCAAGGGGAGGAUUUACCAUUCGUGAUCUUGAGAUCAGGCACGAGGGUGAGAGGAGACAAGUGACGCAUUACUGGUAUGACUCAUGGCCAGAUCACGCUGUACCACAGGCCUCUGAUUCACUCGUCAGUCUCGCAGCUGAGGUAAACACAUUGCCAGGACCUAUUGUCGUUCACUGCAGUGCUGGAAUAGGAAGAACUGGAUGUUUCAUAGCUCUUGCCACUGGAAUCACUCAGUUGAGUCGAGAUGGUAAUGUCGAUGUCCUGGGAAUACUCUGCCAAAUGAGGUAUGAUAGGGGGGGAAUGGUCCAAACAGCUGAACAGUACGAGUUCGUUCAUCGUGCACUCUGUCUCUUUGAACAAACUCUAGAUGGUAAAACACCGACAACUGGUGAUUGAGAAACACCACGAGAAUUAUUUUGAAAUAACAUUAAAGCAUAAAUGAUUAAUCGGCCUCGUCGAUAGCUAAUGCUGAAAUGCCGGUAACAACUCAGUUUCUAGGUCCUUGAUGUUAUUAGGGUGAGAGAAAGUGAAGGAAAAUCUUAAACCGUUGUCAGGACUAAAAAUGUCUAGAUAAUCUAAGAGAUUAAUGCGUAAAUCUCCAUUACGCCGAUGACUGAUUUACUCAGUGUCGUUACAAGCUGCCAUUUAAAACUAUACUGCCACCAAAUUAAUUAUGUAAAUAAUAUAACAGAGUAUAUUUAUGGUUGAUCGAUGGUGAAGUUCGUAAAUGCUCAAACAGUUUUCAUGACUUUUGGAUUAUUCAUUAUUAAUUAUGAUGUUUGAUGAUGUUCAGUUAACCUUUCGUAAUUUAUAUUUAUCAGUUUGACAAAUGACCAUUUGUUUGGGAAAACUUACCAUCGAUCACACUCAAACUCAAAUUCAUUUUAUGGAUCAAUUGCAUUUUUUGGGACCCACGAUACAAAUCUAUCACUUUCUGCACUCUAAAAAAAAAGAGACAUUUUAGUAUUGAAAUUCAUUAUUUCGAAGUGGCGGUGGAUAGACUGAGGAGAUGCAGUAGUUACGUGAAUUAAUUAAUUUCAUUAUCGAAAUAAUGGUCUGCUCGGUCUAUUCAAUUGGCUGCUGACGAUGGAUAACGAAAAAUCAAACUUUGAAAUUAAUUAUGUGACUUCAUUCAAAAAAUGAGUGUCUAACAAUUAUUCAUUGGAUAAUAUAUAAAUUACCUUUAAUUAUUUUAUGACAAAGACUGAAUGCGAUUAGUACAAUAUACGUCUGAUCUGUUGAGAGGAUUUUGUGAGUGCUUUGCAUGGAGAAAUGAGAGGUUGAGGACCUCGGGGGAAAUCGAUAAAGAAAUCAAUUGGAAUUUAGAAGAAUAUGUCAGUGAUGUAUUGCAGUUACUUCAAUCAGAUCCAGCAAAUUAUUCUAUUUCACGUAAGGCCGGUUCCUUCGUGUAAUUUUCCCUUUCUUUUUAUCACUUUUUUCCCUCGAAUACUUGAAUUGUCACUCGAGACUUUAGUUAUGACACCCCGACGAUUGAAUUCUAUAUAGAUUAAUAAUCAAUGUGGAAAUAAUGAGGAAAAGACUCGAUGAUGAAUCUCAGAGGUAUUGAAUUUCAUGUCCCCUACGUGCCUAAAAUUACUGUAAUGACACCGACGGAAAAUCCAUUUGAAAAUGGCCUCAAUUAUUCAUGGACUAUCCCCUGUACUCAUUCCUUCCCCAUGAAUAUUCUUUUUAAUCUCAACAAUUAAUUUAAAACAGAUAUUCACGGUUUUUUUUUGCGUGUGGGUUAUUUCUCUUCGGUGAACGAAAAUUUUGUGAUAUAUAAAAUAUGUAUACAUAAUAAUAUAUUGUACAGAAGAUGAAAAACAAAAAUUAUAUUUGAGAAUACGAACGGUAUUGUACGACUCAGUGACAGGGGCAGGAGGGAAGAUGAGAGUAUCAAUUAUUAUUUAUGGAUGAUGAGUUGACAAAUUACAAAUAGGAUUUCAAUUGUAUUGAACAACAUUAAUUCUAGCGACCCCUUGGUGUUCAAUUGUACUUAUGUGACGUAAAUAAAUGUUUAUAGUAUCAGA